ACAUGGAGGAUAGUUUCAACACCAGAUCAUCAUCAUCUACCUUCGUUCUUCAGAGUUCUUCAGAGACAAUGGCUUCUAUCCAGCUCCUGUAUUUCAGAACAAGUUUACUUGAAGCACUAGAAGAGCUGCGUAUGAGAAGGGAAGCAGAGACUCAAUAUGAAGAGCAGAUUGCUAAAAUUAUUACGGAGACACAAGAACUGAAAUGGCAAAAGGAGACUCUUCGGAAUCAAAAGGAGGCAUUAAUAAAGGAACAUAAAGAAGCAAUGGGAAUUUUUAAGAAUCAGCUACAAAUGAAGAUGUAUGCCUUGGAAGAAGAAAAGGGAAAAUACAAACUUGCUUCAGAAAUCAAAGAAAAAGAAACUGAAGGAUUGAAGGAAACAUUAAAAACAUUGCAGGUUUCUCAGUAUUCUUUACAGAAGAAAGUAAGUGAAAUGGAACAAAAGGCCCAUUUACACCAUCUAGCUAAAGAAGAUUACCACAAGCAACUGAAUGAAAUAGAAAAAUACUAUGUUACAAUAACAAAUCAGUUUGGAGUGGUGAAAGAGAAUCAUGUCAAGUUAGAACAAAAUGUACAAGAAGCAAUACAGUUAAACAAAAGACUUUCCACCUUAAAUGAAAAACAAGAAUCUGAAAUAGACAGUUUAAAGAAGGAACUAAAAAAAGUAGCUUCGGAGUUGACUAAGUCCAAGGUCACAUGCCAGCAUAAGAUGGAAGAAGAAAGUAUCGAUCUGAUAAUUAAAGAACAAAAAUAUGAAGAGCUUCAAGAAAGACUCGACAUGGAAUUGGAAUUAAAUAAGAAAAUUAAUGAAGAGAUUACCCAUAUUCAAGAAGAAAAACAGGAUAUCAUCAUUUCUUUUCAACAUAUGCAGCAAUUACUUCAGCAACAAACUCAAGCUAAUACUGAAAUCAAUGCAGAAUUGAAGGUGCUAAAAGAAAAUAAUCAGGUUGAAGAACUUAGUGGAGAAAUGAAUGAUGCUAAAAGUGAGUUGUCAUUACUUAAGGAAACUCAUGUUAAAUUGCAAGAACAUUACAAGAAAUUAUAUGAUCAGAAAAAAAAUGAAGAAUGCAAGAAGUUUCAGAAUAUUUCAGAACUAAAUAAUGAAAAUAGUGACAAACUACCCAAUAAAAAAUCAGAAGACACCAGCACACAAAAAUACAAUACUGGUCAAGAAAUGGGGAAAAAUACAAAGAGUUUUUGUUCAGAUCCUGAUUACUACAGAGAAAAGAAAAAAAUGGAAGACCUACCUGUAGAAGAAAUUGCAGAAGAUUUACAGCCUUUUGAAAUUAGUGCCAAAAGCAAAACUGCUACUGUGGUAUCUCAAGAUGGACACCAAAGUGGAAUGUCCCCAAGCAAAGCCCUUUGCCUAGAUAAAGAUGUAACCGAUCAGGAACAAACCUUGGCUGUUACUGACUAUAGAAAAUCAGUUACUGUAGAAGUAAAAGACAAGGUGUACUUGGAGAAAGACAAUGGAUGUUCCGAAUUUAAAUCCCUGAACAAUUUCUUUUUAGUGGUAGAUGAAUCACUAGAAACAGAGAAGAUAUGCCUAGAAGGAAUUGAUGGACCAGGCCUUCUCCACAGUGGUGUAGAUGUACCUCUGGAGACUCAAAGUAACAAAGCACCCCUUAAUGGCAUUUCAAAUGAGAUGGCCCACAAAAGAAACUGGAACACAGAUGUUUCUGAAAGCAAGCCAUUCAAACAGCAAUUCAAAUUGCUUCCAGAUCUGGAAAAUGCUACAGAAAAGGAAAUUACAAAUCAUGACCAAACCAAAGCAGGACUAGAUUCAUUUCUAGAUAUAAAACUAAAUCUUGAUGAGCGUAAGAAACAUGGCUCACAGGAUUCAAAUAAUGUUAUGUUAGAUGAUAAGUACCGAAAAAUAAAGCAAAGCUUAGGUGAAGAGAGUGAAUGCAGCAUAGUACCCUUUUCAUGUUAUCAGCAAGCUCGUAAGGCUGCCCAGAAGCCUGAAGCAACUAUCGCCUAUGCUAUGGGGAUCGGCCCGCCCUGUCCAUCUGCUGUCUCUGCCGACACUUUAAAAGGACUUAAGAAUUCAGAAAACAGUACUAAUACUAUGUCAACACUGGUGAAGUCUGCCUCAAGUCCUGCAGAAAGAACUAUAAGGAAAACUAUGAAUAACAUACAAAACAGUCCAUUUAAGAACCAUUUGGGAUCUUCAGAAAGCAGUGUGACCAUCUCAAACUUGCAGGUCAACCAAGGGGACAAUCAUGCUUCACAAGCCAAAGAUUUCAAAUCUGUAGUUGCCAUGACAACUUCCACAGAAAAACAGCUUUCCAGUGAGAAUCAGAUAACUGAAACUACAAAAAGUGGUCUCUUUUCCUUGGAGGAUGUUAAGGAAAGACAGUGCAUGUUGCUAAAUAAUAGAGAGAAAGCAGAGGCAUUACAUGACAUCCUGUCAGAAGGAACAGUCAGUGAAGGUCAGUUGGAAGAAUCGCAUUUGUCUCAUCUAACACCAUCUGCAGAUUCAGUAAACACAAGUGCAAGGUCGGCCUUUGAUCUUCCCACUCCAGAUAAAAAACUCAAGAAAAGUCCAGGAUAUAUGAAGUUUGUAGCCCCCAGUCCUUGGUCAAAAAUAAAUCAAAUUAAAACAGUGGGUACUUCACCUUCCAGCUUUCCUUUGUUGCUGAAGGAGAGACCAGUAGGUCCAGAAAGCAAAGUGAUUACUCAAGUGACUUUUUGUGAAAAUGUUGGUCUGGAUGACACCAGAAAAAAUAUUGAGCCAGAUACUACCAGCAUUAGCAGAGCUGCUGACACUGUGAGUAACCGGAGUAUCCACCCAAGCCCCAAGGGCCAGCCCCGUAAAGAGAGGAAUGCAACUGCAAAGACCUUUUAUGAUUCUUCUGUUCCCACAGAACAUGUGAAAGCAGAGCCUCGGAUUUCAACUGUGCAACAAAGCCAUUCCCAGGCAAAGGAGGUUACAGACACUCUUGAUCUACUUGCCUUUUCUCCUGGAAACACUGACUGGCAGAGCCUUAUGAUAAACCGACUAACUGAAAUUGAAAAGUUACUAAGCUUAGAAAAUGACAACCAGCCCAAAAAAAGAAAAGCAGAAGAGAUGCUGGAAAAAAUAAGUGACUAAAUGUUGAUCAAUGCGUUCAGCAGUCAAACUGGUGUGCUUGGGUGAAAGACUGUUCAUGUACGUUUCACAGCUAGCUUCUCCUAGUGUUAUGAAGACCCCAUCGUGUAUCUGCAGAGCUUGCUGUUAGCAUCCAGGCCCCUUAACUUUUAUCUCCCUUAUAUAUUUCCUUCAAAGUACUGUUUGUUAGUACCUUUCUUUACAGAAAAAUAUUAUGAUUAAGACAAACUGGCCAUUUUUGAACAUUACUUUAUGGUGAUAUUUUAUUUGUAUUCAAAUGUUAUUUGUAUGUUAAUAAAUAAAGUUA